GCAUGCCAGCAUGGGAUUGCCACCGGCGUUGAAUGUAACAAAGGCUAAAGUGGGCAAAUUCGAGAUAAUUAAACCGAACAAAACAUCCAGUGCAGCUUUGGAGGUUACAAGAGGUGGAAGCUCUUCCAUCAAAAUCUGUUCAUCAACAGAAUGAAGUGCAUUUUCAGCUAAACAAUAUGCCAACGAAUCUGCAGUUCUAAGAACGUAAGCAAAACUACAAAACAAAGCAGAUUGGGCUAAAUGAAGUAUAUCGUCAAAGAAGAGACCAUGUAUAGGAGAUUGAGCAGGGCUUCCAUUCAGUAUCUCAAUUGUGUUUAAGUUGUCACUCUUCACUUGAAGCCUGUGUAAUCCAUCAGAGAUGGCAAGAUCAAUCCCAUCCUUUGCUGCCUCGGCUUCUGCUAUGUUUGAGUCCCAUGAAGGCUUUGAGCCGGUUACAUGCUGCCAGCUUUCCUUCACAGCUAUGUCCAUACCAAUUAGGCCACUUGACUGAAGCCUGAAGGAACCUUUUCCCCCUUUUUCAUUAAAUUGUUUUCAGACUGAACCUAUAGCAGCAAGAAUGUGAAAGUAAAUUAUUUUGGUGGGAUUGCAAUUGGGGUAUGGCAUAUCUCUCUUUGUGGAUAUGAAAAUUGCAAAACUUGAAAUUCAGGAAUGAAAGUCUCCAUGUAAAAUUUCAUUAUAUUUUUGUUUGAUAGCAAUUAGAUGGGGUUUUAUGCCAUUCUUAAGUUUAUUUUUCGCUGUGCUUGCUUUCAAAUGUAGCUUAAUUUCUGUGGUGGUUUGCCUUUUUUUCUCACAGCUCCCCUAUGUAAGUAAUGUACAAGUAGAGCCAAUUGUUAUACAAAUUGAUAGGCUUGAUUUGGUUCUGGAGGAGAAUCGUGAUGUGGACACAUGCAGCGUCUCCAACAGCACCCAGUCAUCUACUGGCUCCAAUAAGGCUAGUGGCUAUGGAUUUGCUGAUAAGAUUGCAGAUGGAAUGACAAUUCAGGUUAGCACUGUCAAUCUUCUUCUUGAAACACGUGGGGGUGCUCGACAUGAGGGUGCUGCUGCUUGGGCAUCACCUCUAGCAUCUAUCACCAUACGCAACCUUCUAUUAUACUCAACAAAUGAAAAUUGGCAGGUUGUAAAUCUUAAGGAAGCACGUGACUUCUCCAAUAACAAAGGGUUUAUAUAUGUGUUCAAGAAAAUUGAAUGGGAGUCUCUAUCCUUUGAUCUCCUGCCUCAUCCUGAUAUGUUUGCCGAUGCUAGUUUAGCACGUUCUCAAGGAGGUUCAACUCAUAGAGAAGAUGAUGGUGCAAAGCGAGUUUUCUUUGGUGGAGAACGCUUUUUGGAAGGAAUAUCAGGAGAAGCUCAUAUUACAGUACAGAGGACUGAACAAAACAAUCCCCUUGGACUUGAGGUUCAAUUACAUAUUACAGAAGCUGUCUGUCCUGCAUUAAGUGAACCAGGACUCCGAGCUCUUUUGCGCUUCAUGACUGGAUUAUAUGUGUGUCUAAAUAGAGGAGAUGUGGAUCUGAAGGCUCAGCAGCGAUCUACAGAAGCAGCAGGAUGUUCACUAGUCUCUAUUCUUGUAGAUCACAUUUUUUUCUGCAUUAAAGAUGCUGAGUUCCAGCUUGAGCUCUUGAUGCAGUCACUUCUCUUUUCUCGGGCAACAGUUUCUGAUGGAGAAGUUGCUAAUAACUUGACUAAGGUUAUGAUUGGUGGACUGUUCUUAAGGGACACAUUUUCACACCCUCCGUGUACUUUGGUGCAACCAUCCAUGGAAGCUGUCACAGAAAAUGAUGUGCAGAUUCCUGCCUUUGCUAAGAAUUUUUGCCCCCCAAUAUAUCCUCUGGGAGACCAGCAAUGGCAGCUAAGUAUAGGUACUCCUUUGAUAUGCCUUCACUCACUCCAGGUCAAGCCUUCUCCAGUCCCGCCAUCUUUUGCUUCAGAAACUGUUAUUGCUUGCCAGCCUCUUAUGAUUCACCUCCAGGAAGAGUCAUGUUUGCGGAUAUCUUCCUUCUUAGCUGAUGGAAUUGUUGUCAGUCGUGGAGAUGUUUUACCUGAUUUUUCAGUAAAUUCCUUAAUGCUCAUUCUCAAGGAAUUAGAUGUCACUGUUCCUCUGGACAUCAGUAAAUUAGAUAAUCCAACUGCCAACAAGAAUUCAAUUGCCCAGAAUUCCUUUACUGGAGCAAGGCUUCAGAUUAAGAACUUGUUCUUCUCUGAGUCGCCUUCCUUAAAACUCAGGCUGCUAAAGCUGGAGAAGGAUCCUGCUUGCUUCUGUCUGUGGCCAGGUCAGCCUAUUGAUGCAAGCCAGAAGAAAUGGACUGUUGGAGCAUCACACCUUGGUUUGUCUCUUGAAACAUCUCUUAGGUCUACUGAGAAACUGAAUUCUCAUGGGUUGCCUUCAGGCUUGUGGACAUGUGUUGAACUAAAAGAUGCUUCUAUUGAGGUAGCCAUGGUAACUGCUGAUGGAAGUCCAUUAACAAAUGUUCCUCCUCCUGGAGGUGUUGUCAGAGUAGGUGUUGCUUGUCAACAUUAUUUGUCUAAUACUUCCGUUGAGCAGUUAUUUUUUGUCCUGGAUCUUUAUGCUUACCUGGGCAUAGUUGGUGAAAAGAUUGCCUCAGUUGGCAAAAAUAGGAGACCGAAGAGCAGUGGGAAUGAAUCUUCUAGUGGUAGGCUAAUUGAUAAGGUUCCUUGUGAUACUGCAGUAAGCCUGGCGGUGAAUCUACUUCAGCUUAGGUUUCUAGAAUCUUCCACCAUAAAUGUUGAGGGAAUGCCUCUGGUUCAAUUUAUAGGAGAUGAUCUUUUCAUCAAAGUAGCUCAUAGAACCCUUGGUGGCGCCAUUGCUGUGUCAUCCACUUUACACUGGCAAACUGUCCAGGUGGAUUGUAUAGAGACAGAGGGAAGCUUGGUACGUGAAAAUGGCACAAUUUUAACUUCUAUUGCAAAUGGUUUGUCCACAAAUGGUUGUCCUCAACUAAGAGCUGUCUUUUGGGUACAUAACCAGAAACAUCAACAAAAUGGUAUAGCUCAGGCAAUUCCAUUUCUGGAUAUUAACAUAGUACAUGUUAUUCCAUUUAGUGAACGUGAUAAAGAGUGCCAUAGUUUAAGUGUGUCAGCCUGUAUUUCUGGUAUUCGCCUUGGUGGUGGAAUGAACUAUGCUGAAACCCUGUUGCAUCGAUUUGGAAUGCUUGGGCCUGAUGGGGGGCCUGGAGAAGGUCUCUCUAAAGGAUUAAAGAACUUAUCAACAGGGCCGCUAUCAAAACUUUUCAAGCCAUCACCUCUUGCUGUUGAUUUAGGAGAAGAUAAAUCUUCAGGAAAUGGGAAAGAUGGUGGAUUUUUGCACUUGGAAAUGCCUGAUGAUGUGGAUGUGUGUAUAGAAUUGAAAGAUUGGUUAUUUGCUCUUGAGGGUGCACAAGAAAUUGCAGAAAGGUGGUGGUUUUCCAACCAUGGUGAUGUGGGCAGAGAAGAGAGGUGCUGGCACACAACUUUCCAAAGUCUGUUAGUAAAAGCGAAAAACAUCCCAAGUUAUGAACUUAAUGGAAAAGGGAAGUCACAUGGAAGACCAAAAUAUCCAGUUGAAUUGGUCACAGUUGGUGUGGAAGGCUUGCAGAUCUUGAAGCCACUGGGACAAAAGGGCAUUUCUGUGUCUGAGAAUGGGAUGAAACAAGUUGAGACGGGUGGAGGGAUAAAUCUUGAAGCUCAAAUGGUGAUGUCUGGGGGAGAUAUUGAUGAUGAGAUGUCCACAUGGGUAGUGGAGAACUUGAAAUUCUCUGUUAAACAACCGAUUGAGGCUGUUGUGACCAAAGAUGAGCUGCAGCACCUUGCUUUGUUGUGCAAGUCUGAAGUUGAUGCAAUGGGUCGGAUAGCUGCUGGGAUCAUCAAGCUCCUCAAAUUGGAGCGUUCAAUUGGCCAGGCAACCAUAUACCAGCUCAGCAACCUAGGAAGCGAGAGUUUUGACCAAAUUUUCUCCCCGAAAAGGGUUAGUUGUACUACCCCUCCAUCUCCACAAACGAUUAGCGAUAUUUCUGUGACAGCAUUGGAAUCGACAGUUUGUUCGCUUGAGGAGGCAGUUUUGGAGUCGCAAGCUAAAUGUUCUACCCUUAUAAAUGAUAUAUCAGCUUCAGAGUCCUCCGUACAGUAUCUUGCCGAAAUCAAACAAUUAAGUCAGAAGCUUGAGAGAAUGCAGAAUUUAAUGAAGCAAUUAAAGACUCAAAUUUAAUUUGCCUUAUCCAUGUUAUUUUCAACAUGUGCAAUUUUGGGAUCAUAUGGUAUACUUAAAUUCUUUUCUUGUAUAUAGGUAUAGAAUCAUAGAUGCAGGUUGAGCGUUGUGGCGACGAGGCAGAAAUGGAAGCCCGUUCAUUUGUAGUAAAACAAAUUUUGUAUCCUGUGAGAUGACAUUUUCGUUGUGAAUUAUAGUUCACAAACAUGUUUUUAUUGUAAGUUCAAGUUUGUUCUAAUAAUUUGAAUUGCCGUGUUAUUCUUUUC